AUGCCCCACAAGCGAUAUCUUCUCGAAGCCGGUCCAUCAACAUGCAAGAAACACUUAUUAGUGCCCAAAGCCGAAAUUGAAAAAAUUGAACAAAGGUUGAGAGCUCUUGAAGAAGAAGGUGAAGUGUUAAAAGGAGCUUUCUUGGAGAGUAUGGAAGAAAGGGCAAAGCUGACCACCGAGAUAAAUGAUAGUUUUAACAGUUUAGCUAAGAGAGGCUCAAAUUGUGGAGCUUUAUCCGAUCGUUCGGUUCAAAUCAUCUCACUCGUGAAGGAAAAAAGAGCUGGUCUGCUGCAGAUUCUAUGGGAAGAACCAAAUCCAUCUAUUGUUAAGAGGGGUCUAAGAGCUAAAGCAAUAAGAUAA